AUGGCACUCCGCGCCCUCGACAUUGGGCGAGCAUCAGGUCGCCUCCUUAUAAACUCACGUUUCAACCACUCCGUCCUUCCUCACCGCAUGCUUCCCCGCACACUUCCCCGAACUCUUUCUUCCGCGUACUCAACGGGGCCGUCAAGGACAUACGCUGCCCUCCGCCAGCUGCACUACUCUGCACCAACCGCCCGUGCGCCCGUCCCCAAUCCCCAAUCACCCCUUGUUCCAGGCCGCGGUACCGGGACAAACGCGACUAGCGGGAGUAGUGGCGAUGGCAAGAAGAAGAAUCCGCAUUACGGACUGUGGUAUGGCGAGUUGUUUCCUGGAGCCAUGAUGCCAAUCUUCCUUCUAGCAACGGCAAUCUUCCUGUCCCUCUCGCUGCUCCGCACGCACUUGAGUAACAAUCGUGCUCUCGUCGAGAGCGCCGAGCGCAUCCAGCAGCUCGAGAUCCAGCUUGCGCGGUUACGUGCCGAGGCCAAGCGCCGCCAGGAACGUGCAAGGAGAGAGCGCGAGCGAAUCCUGCCGAUUGUGGUGGAGCGUGUGCUGCAGCGUGUGGGGGCGAUGAACCCAGAGGAGGAAGUCGAGGUCGAGGAGGAGGUGCUGCUGGUCUAG